AUGACGUCAUUAAUUGAUCCGAGCAGUUUGCAGUUUGAAGCAUCAGGAUCUGCAGCUCCUUGUAGACAAAGGGUGUACAGUGAGAGCCCGUCUCUUUUUCUUUCUGCUGAGAGGAGGAGACAUUGGACAUUAUUUGGCACCAGCAGGAGCCCAUUGGUCCGUUUUGAAGUAAUCUUAUCUGAGAAGAUGGGACUUUUGGCUAAAGAUAUUCCAUUCCACUCCAACAUACCCAGACCAGUGGAUACAACCGUCGCUGUGGUCUACUCCAUUUUUGGAGUAUGUUCACUGUUUGGCAACAGCACUUUGCUGUAUGUCUCCUACAAGAAAAAGCACCUCCUGAAGCCUGCAGAGUACUUCAUCAUCAACCUCGCUGUUAGUGACCUGGGCCUCACUUUGUCUCUCUACCCCUUGGCGAUCACUUCCAGCUUCUACCACAGGUACUGA